ACUUCUGUAAUGGCAUCCACCUUCUUCACUUGGCUGCGUUCUCCAGCUGCUCGUGAAUACUUCUUCAGUACACAUUUCUGGGGUCCUGUCGCAAACUGGGGUCUUCCGCUAGCUGCUCUCGCCGACUUACAAAAGGAUGAGGAGUUCAUCUCCGGCACAAUGACCACAGCUCUGCUGAGCUAUUCUUUGGUCUUCAUGCGAUUUGCAUGGCGUGUCCAACCCCGAAAUUAUCUGCUCUUUGCUUGCCAUUUCACGAAUGCUGCCGCCCAAUCGGUUCAAGACGCACGGUUUGUCAAUUACUGGCACUAUGGCGGCAGAGAAAAGAAACUCGGCGUCACCAUUGGAGAUGUCGCAGACAAAGCCACAGGCAAAGUCACUGAAGCGGUCAAGGCUGCCCAGGAUCUAAAAAAAUAG